AUGCAUGCAACUGGCCCGCCCCAAUACAAGCGGCUACAGGCUCUGCGGACGGUUUUAGGACUUGAGACCUCGCAUGCUGAGACGUCUCGCAUACAGUAUGCGCAAAACCCUGUCCGGAUCGGUGCCGGUAGCUACCCCGUGGGGACGGAGAAACAUGAUAACGCACAGCGUGAUGAUGGCGAUCUAGGGGCCUUAGAUCAUUCCGGUACAAGCCCCAGCCUGAUAGCGGACGGUAGCGAGGGGGACUAUGGCCAAGGGCAGGUCUUUCCUCUUCUAAAUAAGUACAACUAUCUGAACGGGUGGAGUAAGUGUAACGUUGCCGUUCUCUUAACUAGACUGACACAAAUCAGCGCUUUGGAGUCCAGCAUGAGGGAGCAGAAGCAGUGGAAUCAGGAUAUUAAAAAAACAGUAAACCAAAUCCACCGGUCCUUAUUUAGCAGCGGCACUAAAAGAGGUACAACACGCAGCAAGGCCACCAACUCUUGA